AGAUUUGUUCCUUGUCUCUGUUUCCAGUCGGUAACAUUAUUACCCUAGUGUGCAUCUCUGAAGCUAGCAGCACAGUAACCGCUAAACAUGGCUACUGUUCUCCCAACCAGACCUUGCGAUAGCAACCCUGCAACCCCGGGAGCUCAGUCUGUAAAGGAUGACAUCGAGGAAGUGUCCAAUGAUGGCAGUCAAGCUCCAAAAAGACAGCGCAUGGGUUCAGGUGACAGUUCCAGAAGUUGCGACACCUCCUGCCAGGAACUUGGGCCCACAUACUUCUCAGCAGAAAAUCUGACCGAGUACAGGUGGCCAUCAGACGGUAGUGGGGAGUACUAUAUGUUACAAGAACAAGUCAGUGAAUAUCUGGGAGUCACUUCAUUUAAGCGAAAAUAUCCAGAUUUGGAAAGGAGAGACCUCUCCCACAAGGAGAAGCUAUAUCUGAGGGAGCAAAAUGUCAUCACAGAGACACAGUGCACCUUGGGCUUGACUGCUUUACGAAGUGAUGAAGUCAUUGAUUUGAUGAUCAAGGAGUACCCAGGAAAACAUGCUGAGUAUUCUGUCAUCCUCCAAGAGAGGGAGCGCCAGAGGAUAACAGAAGAGUACUCUAAAAUGCAGCAACAAAAGCCUCAGAAGGUUGAAGCCAGUAAAGUGCCAGAGUACAUACAGAAAGCUGCCAAGAAAGCUGCUGAGUUCAACAGUAACUUCAACAGGGAAAGGAUGGAAGAGAGAAGGGCCUAUUUUGACCUUCAGACACACAUUAUCCAAGUACCCCAAGGGAGGUAUAAAGUCCUUCCUCCAGAGAGAACCAAGACUGGACCCUAUCCAGUGGCCCUCAUCCCUGGGCAGUUCCAGGACUACUACAAAAGGUACUCUCCCAACGAGCUGCGCUACUUGCCCCUGAACACAGCCCUGUUCGAGCCCCCCCUGGACCCGGAGCUGCCUGCCCUGGACAGUGAUGGGGACUCGGACGAUGCAGAUGACAACAAGGGAGAAGAGGGCAAGAAAAAUUCAGACAGCUCAUCUGGAAACACCUCAGAUGGGGACAGUCAGGACAGUGGAGUGCAGUCAAAGGGCAAGGCCAAGGACAGGACUACCACCCCGGCUAAAGAUGCCACCCCACGCCCCAACCAACACAAAUCUGUCCCUGGGUACAAGCCUAAGGUCAUGCCCAAUGCUAUUUGUGGCAUUUGCCAGAAGGGUAAGGAGUCCAACAAAGAAGGAAAGCCAGAAGCUCUCAUUCACUGCUCACAGUGCAAGAACAGUGCUCACCCAUCAUGCCUGGACAUGAGUGAGGAGCUGGUGGGUCUGAUUAAGACCUACCCGUGGCAGUGCAUGGAGUGUAAGACGUGCACGGUGUGUAAGCAUCCCCACCACGAGGAGGAGAUGAUGUUCUGUGACACGUGUGACCGGGGCUUCCACUCCUUCUGCGUGGGCCUGGACUCCAUCCCUCUAGGUUGCUGGGUUUGUGAGUGUUGCAACAAGGAGUCCUCAACCCCCAAGAAGAAAAGAGGAAGAAAAAACCAAAAGUCUAAAUCUGCAUAUAAAUAGAAUGUGAUCAAAUCAAUAAGCUAACUGUUUUGAUACUUUUUGUACUUUAGAAUGUGUUAAGAUUAAGUUUUGUAAUCCUGUGUAUAUAUAUAUGGAUUUCCUUUGUCUUAAUUAUAUUUGAAAUGUCAUUGCCACUGAAGUAAAACAUUUUUUGCCAGUAAAUGUUUAAAUUAUUUAACCCAUGACUGCCCUGAAGUUUAAUUAAAACACAUGAUGUCCCUAAAAUGCCCUUCCUACCAU